GUGGGAUCUUCCCUGCGCCCCGCCCUGCCCGCCUCCUGCCACCGCCUCCUCUUUUCCGCGGGCGGCGGGCGCUACGAGGGGCGACGCACCGGCCCUCGCCCUUCUGCUCGGCGUGCCCGCAGCCGGCGGCACGGUGAGGGGUUUUAGUAAGGCUUUGUCCUUACUCAGAGUUGCAAGUACUCAGACCUCCAAGAAGCUGUGCCUUCAAUUUUCAGUGGCUGCUUCAGCCGUGGUCUGUCUUUAGAUGCUGCUCUGGCUUAAGCUGGCUUUGUACCACACAGUGACUGGAUGGUGGAGGAGGUGGUUGGUAGGCAGGUUUCCAUACUCGCUGUGAUUCUUCAGAUUUGUUCGUUCCUUGAAAUGGUAGGACUAGGAAACAGCUGUCGCGGGAUGAAGUCUCCACCACUCCUCAUGGCUGCGCUCGUGGCGUGCAUAAUUGUUUUGGGUUUCAAUUACUGGGUUGCAAGUUCUCGCAGCAUGGAUCUGCAGGGUCGAGUCAUGGAUCUGGAAGGCAAAGUCCGCAGGGCGGCAGCGGAGAGGGGUGCUGUGGAACAAAAAAAGAAUGAAUUCCAAGGGGAGCUGGAGAAGCAGCGACAGCAGAUUGACAAAAUCCAGUCCUUGCACAGCUUUCAGAUGGAAAAUGCCAACAGAGUACAUCAGGAAGAGAAGGCAAUGCUGAUGAGUAACAUCACAGUAAAUGAUCGAUUGAUUCAGAGUCUACGAGAACACUUGAAAGAGUUACAGAUGGAAUAUGGAAAGCUACAGCUGGAUGUUUACUGGUUUCAGAAGAACCAGACUAACCUUCAGAGGAAGUUCUCAUAUGACCUCUCACAGUGCAUCAACCAGAUGAAAGAAUUAAAAGAACAGUGUGAAGAAAGGAUAGAUGAGCUGAGAAAAAAGAGUAGCAAUGUACCACAAAUCAAAGAAAACAAAGACUUCACAGAAGAUAGCCAGGCUGAUACUCAACUGCCAGCCUUGAAGCAAACAGGGUACAAGCAGGCUGACUUGGAAGUGCAGAAAACCAAUGCAGAUGUUCCUAAAGCAGUACCUACAGUAAGAAAGACAGACCUGAUGCAGGCUAAAGAAAGAACAGACAGCCUAACUGACAUGAGAAAACAGGAGCCUAAGGCAGAAGAGGAGCAGCUUUCCAGUCAGUUGCAAAAACCUCAAGAGUCACUCAAGGCUGCUGCAGGUCACAAGGAGAUGCUGCCUGUGUCAGAGAAGGAGCCAGAUCUACCUGAGGAUGAGAAACAUGUAGCUGGGCAAGAUAUGUCAGAGCCAGCAGCAGAGCAGGCUGCCAGUGAGGAAAUUGAGAGGGAACAGUUUCUAAAUGACGAUGAUAAGCAGGAUGAUUUGCUCCCUGGAAAGGCUGACAAACAGGAACGUGAAGCAGUGAACCAGGACAAGGAUGUCAAUUACAAUUUAGAUCUGAAUGAAGCUGAAUCAGAAACUGACAAGCAAGCAGCACUUGCUGGGAUUGAAAAUGAUGUGAAGAACCACUUACUUGACAAUGGUGAAGGACGACAGAAGUUGUGAACAAAGGAAGUUCAUUGUACAACUGAGUCACCUCUUCCUUCAAAUGCAGCACUGAUCCAAGCAAAGUGAUCUUAGAAGCUUUUGAUUAUCUUCUACAGGCUUGACUAAAGGCCCAAAUGAAGUAGUAUUUUAUUGUGAAGUUUUAGUACUGUUGCAGUGAGGAAAAGAGGUAAAUCUCUGGAGGCUUGUUUCAAAGCAGUUUGGCCUCUGCAAUGACUUUCUCCUCCUUAUCAAUUAUAAAAUUGUGAUCAAGUAGCCAUAAAUUAGUGACUUUAAAGCUGGCUACCUUGUAUAGUCAUACUGCAGGUAAGCGUAGGCGUGGGUUGGUGGUAAAUGAUGACCAGUCCUCUGCCACAGAUGGAUCUCUCUGCUGAGCAAUGCACAGUAGAGAAAUCCCCAGCUUAGUUUUACAAUUUAAGAAAGAGCUGUUUUACUGUAACAAAACACAGGAAGGAUGAAAACCAGUCCAUGCUUCAAUCUACCCUUGAGCCUGUUCUGGCACUUUUAUACUGAAACACAGACUGAGAAUGCACAACUGUAGUCCUCAGAUAUUAUGCAGAAUGAUAUAUGUACCUGGGCCUCUAAAUUAAAUUCCAAGAGUACACUGUCAAGGUGUGUUCUUUGCUUCAAAGUUAAAAAAAAAAA